AUGAGCCCGGGGGGCCGUUGGAAAAUCGAAAAUGGGUGCUCACCUUUUGUUCCCGGUCACUGGCGUGAACGUUUUGGUCGACCGGAGCACCCUGGCCCUCCACUUGAUCCGGAGGGCCUUGUGGAAAAUAACAGGUGCUCGGCAGGACCAAAUGAGGUAAGAUUUUUUUGUUUUGGGAACUGCUUGACCUUGAUUUAAUCUAAAGUAAUAUAAUUUUAUUUUCAGCCAAUGCCAAACAAGUCCAUGAAGGAACAAGAAACUAAGGUGGAGCACCCUAGCCCCCCGAAUGAGCCCGGGGGGCCGUUGGAAGAUAAAAAUGGGUGCUCACCUUUUGUUCCCGGUCACUGGCGUGGACGUUUUGGUCGACCGGAGCACCCUGGCCCUCCACUUGAUCCGGAGGGCCUUGUGGAAAACAACGGGUGCUCGGCAGGACCAAAUGAGGUAAGAUUUUUUUGUUUUGGGAACUGCUUUACUUUAGUCUAAAGUAAAAUAAUUUUAUUGAUCAUUUUAUUUUCAGCCAGCCCCCCGAACAAGCCCAGCGAUUUAUAUUUGUACCUAAGAUUCAAAAAUGUUCCCAGUCAGUUGUUCCUAGCGGAUGUCUACGACGAGAUUAUUGCCCCGGCCUGCCCCUACGCCCGAAAACACAACCUCUUCAGCUGGCCAAAGCCCUCGGAACCCAUCCCGAGGUAAGUCUUACCAUGGAUAAUAUAAAAUUUUUGACAAGGAAAGUACUUCAAUGGGCUAUCGAGUUACAGGUCGAGUCAUAUAUCAAAAAAAUCGCAAAAUUUUUCUGAUUCAGAAUAUGUAAAAGUUAGCUACCGAUUUUGGUUUGUAAAGGUGAAAAAAUCCUCAGAAGUUUUCUCGCAACACCACGCAAAUGCCUUUUUGACAAAGUUUUUACCAAAUCAAAAGCUUUGUUUUGAGCUAAAGUGAACCUUGGCAUCUUGACAAGCCUUAAAAUAUCAAAUUUGAUUAAUACUACACCUUAAUUAGUAGUUCCAAUAUAAAAAAGCGGCAUUUGUGUGGUGCUGCGAUAAAAGUUCUGAGGAUUUUUUCACCCUACAGUCCAAAAUCAGGCAGCUAACAUUUACAUAUUCUGAAUCAGAAAAAUUUUACGUUUGUUUUUGAUCUAUGACUCGACCUGUAACUCCACACCCCGUAGAAGUACUUUCCUCGUCAGAAAUUUCAAAACUUUUCUCCUAAUUACGGAGAAUUUUCUUGGAUGGGGAAAGAGUUGACUCAUCUUGGUCAAGUCUUCCUCUCUAGACGAAAAAUGCAACGUUGCAUAGCUUUGGUUUGUUGCAGGAGGAGCGGGCUGUAUAACAACAUGUUCGGAGCUUUUAUGAAUCAGUUUUGUUGUUUUCGGUUAAAAUUAUUGAUCUUAUGUCAUGUGUAAUAUAAUUUAUCUUUGAUACUUUCAGAAUAUUACCCAAUCUUCACCGUGGAGACUCGUGAGUACCUAAACAACCUCCAUAUUGAUCUUCGUCACUUCCUCAAUGAGUUCGUUGACUUUGUUUAUUACAACAAGCCGAUUUGUGAGGCUUGUAUCCGGCCAAUGUUGAUCUUCGCCCACGACAAUGAAUUGGUCUACUUGAAGGGUAAAAUGGAAGCAGUAAGUUGUUGUUGUUGUUUAUUGAAUUGUUUGAAGUUUAGGCGAUUGCCAUGCAGCCCCCAAUCUCCACAAAUAUCAUGAGAGAGCACCUUUCUUUAGCCUCAAAGUAUGGGCUCGACAAUUUGUUGCGGACGACUUUGGUCAGAGCUGAAGGGCAUUACAUUACGGUGGCUCAAGCCUUGGUGGGACAGUCUGGAAUUGUCAAUGAGCUGACGAUUCCAACGAUGAGAAAAUUGGCUGAUCGAUUGUGCACUGGAUGGUCGUUGAUUAAUUGGAAAAUGGCCGAGAGGUAAGCUUAUUUUAGGCCGUAUUUUACAAGGAAAGUACUUCUAUGGGGUGUGGAGUUACAGGUCGAGAUAUAUAUCAAAAAAUUCGCAAAAAAUUUCUGAUUCAGAAUAUAUAAAAAUUAGCUGCCUAAUUUUGGUCUAUUAACGAGUUUUAUCAAUAAAUGUAUGUCUCGAGGAAAAAAAUCUGCGGAAACAAAAGCGCGCUCGGUCUCUUCCUUCGGAAGAGAGCGGUGUGGCCGAGUGGUUAGAGCGCUAGAUUGGAAAUCAGAAGGGAACGGGUUCGAUUCGUUUUGCCACACUAGAACCCAUUUUUUUAAAUUGGAACUACCUUUAAGGUGUAGUUGUAAUCCAAUUGAUAUGUUAAGGCUUGUCAAGGCAGAAUUUAUUUUAGCACAAAACAAAAUUUUUUAUUUGUAAAAACACGGUCAAAAAGACACUUGCAUGGUGUCGCGAGAAAACUUCUGAGGACAAAAACAUGUCAUCAGACCAAAAUUAGGCAGCUAAUGUUUAUAUAUUCUGAAUCAGAAAAUUUUUGCGAUUUUUUUGAUAUAUGUCUCGACCUGUAACUCCACACCCCAUAGAAGUACUUUCCUUGUUAGAAAAAUACGGCUGAAUAGAGAACAUAGGUCGUGCUUGACGUUAUGCUGAGAGAUUUUAUGGCUUUUUACGUAGAAAUUAGAUAUUUUUUAAAGGUCAAUUGUAUUUUUUUUUAAGUUUGUCCUCAUUAUUAUUAAGAUCUCGUUUAGAACACCCACCACGAGAAAUGUACGCCGAAUUUUCCUGGACGAAGGUGGCCCAGUGGGCCCAACUGCUAAUCCGACGCUUGAAUCGUUCUAUGGCUAUUGGAAAGGAAAAAUGGAAGCAGUAAGUUCCAUCAGCCAAUGUUUUACGUUUUUUUUGAUCACGGGGUUUAGUUUCGGGAUGUUAUAGUAGCUGCACGUCAAGAAAACCUAGAACAAGAGCGCUCAAGCAAUGGGAAAUUCUUGGCAUUCUGUUUUAGCUGAAAGAUAAGUUUUUGCUCCAAAGGUAACCUGAUUACACAUGGAAGAUGGGUGUAGAAUGGGUUUAUUGCAUACAUAAAUUUGAAGCUGGACUUCUGCUUAACCUCACCAUAUAUGUUUCAUAGGAAAAAAUCGGUCGUCUUCUAUCUGUUUGAAGCCUAAACUUACAACGCACAUCAACCAGAAAAAAAAAGUUUCAAAUCGGGAAAACUGUUUGCAACACUUUGUUGGAUGCCCAAGGGUAGCUCAAACAAAGAAUUAGAAACGAGCCGGACUGACCAAAAAAUAGUAGAUUUGAAAACCUUAUUUUAGAUAUCUUUGCUACUAAAUCGUUUCGUAACGAAGCAAUUACCUUUUUCCUAUGAGCAUAAUUAGAGUAGUUUUGGAGAACAAUAAGGAACCCUAUGUCCUAUACUAGCUUACUCACUCAAAAUUCCAAAAAAAAACUGAUAUUUAGGUGAAUAAAAUAAUAUUUUAAAAAUCGGUAGAUUUUAACUCAGCUAGGUCCACUUUGAUCUAAAAAGUCAGUAAGAGCAUAAUUUCUGGCAUCCGCGACAUUUUGGAAGCUGUUGUGAGAACGUUGCUUUAGGUGAUAGUGACCAUUUUUGAAAUCGGCGCAGCAAGGUUGAAACCAGCUCCAAAAGUUGAGCGUAGCCUUAGAAAGCAAUCUCAAUUCACAUAGAUAGUUUUGAUCAGGCUUAAACUUCUGUUAUUUUUUCAUAAGAUAAGGUAUGCUACUAUGUAUAAGGUAAACCUUUUUUCUCGGCAUGGGAGUUGAAAUUUUUGCAAUUAUUCUCCAUUGUUAUGAGAUAAUAUGGAUCAUUUAUUUGACUAUUUAACGCUGUCGGACAUUAAAACUUGAAUAAAGUAAUAUGAUCCAUAAGGUAAAAAAUUUAAAACCGAAUCUACUUUUUUAUUAUUAGACCGAUUUGCUUCAAACUUUGAAUGCUAUCUUAGAAUACGAUAUUCUGAAGAUCGUUGCAAUCGCUUUUCAUGUUUCAAUAGUUUUAGACAAGUUAUUGGGCCGCAAAGUUCGCAAAAAUUCGAUUUUCUCCGGCGUUUUUCCGCGAACCCGGUGGCCCAAAGGCGCCAAGAUCUACUAAUUUAAAAAUUAUGAGGCCUUGGCAAUAUUUUAAUCGCAGGUUCAUGUUAUUUUGUGCAUUACCCACUGCACAGUCAGCUAAAACAUUAGAGCUCCUUAAAAAACCGAAUGCCAAAAAUCUUGGCAUUCUGUUUGUGGUUGAUGUGAGCCGGCUUUCGGAUGAUUAUCCGGGACAGAUACGCUUUAGGAAGCACUGACCACCUUUGUCAAGGUGUUUAGAGAUAUUUUUAUAGUGCUGUCACUGGUGUUUUUACGUGUUAAUUUUUUAUUUUUCAGAGAUCCUCUCUCGAUACCCACCACCGAAAGGAUGACAGAGAAAAAAAUAAUUAA